AUGCCUAUGCUUCUCACCGGUAGCAUUGCGUGUGAACUAGGGCUUUCGAAUGGUACUCAAGGAACCUUUCGAGAGCCCAUAUACGAUAAUCAGGAAGACCCGAGCGAUUUAAAAGUAAAAAGCGAAGUAUUUCCCUCAAAUGCGAUUUACAUGCGAAAACCAUCAUACAUGCUCGUAGAAAUUAACACAUCACAAGUAGAAACAAGCCUUGAUGGACUUCGUCCUAAAGUAAUCCCUAUUCCACUUAUCAAAAAGCAAUUUACUGUUUCCGUCAAGCAACUCCUCGGUCAACUGUUCGAACGUAUGCAAGGUGAGAAAAAAGUUCCACAAAUGAUCCAAGUUACACGAAUACAACUACCAAUUGUACCUGCCUCCGCAAUAACUACAUAUAAGGCACAAGGGCUCACCAUGAACAAAAUCGUAGUCGAUCUUCAAGUUCGACCCUCUCCUGCUCAGGACGCUGAACUGAAACGUCUAGAAGAACUUGACAAAACGAAAAUGUACCUCUUCCGCUUUUUGAACGUUGUACCGACAAACUGGUUGAGUAGCUGA